ACCAAAUAUGCUUAUAGUCUGUUCCACUACGCUUCCAAUCCUGACCAAAUUUGGGUAUAGUCCCUAAUUAUGAUCGUGAUUGUGGAUGCUCUAACAGGCUAACUCAAAUACAAAAUGGGUUCUUGUGUGAAUUUGUAAUACUCUGUUCCGUGCCAGCAAUAACUGCUACGCUAUUCAUUCUUCCCACUUCAUCAUCAUCACUUCCAUUACACUACAUAACUUCAGUUCCACAUCCCUCUCUUGUCUCUCUGCUACAACAUCUCUCUUUCUUUUUCUUAGUGGGUUUUUUUGUUAAAAGGUUUCUAUCAUGGUUAAGUUAGUUCUGAAGAAAUUUACAAGUACUUAUUUGAGGGGAUCUUAAUAGAAAUUGUGAAGGUUUGUACUCUUGAUUUUGGAGUUUGGGUUCUGGUUUAGGUUUUAAUUUGGUGAUGUAAAAUGAAAAGUGAAGAGGAAUCUAGUAUGUCUCAACUUCAUCAUCAAAGUUCUAGUACUGGUACUAGUACUACUGCAUCGACUGCUGUUCUAGCAACAAACCAGAAGGAUGAUAAUUCGAGUGGAAUAACAGAAGAAGCCCCAUCUGCUCCACACUGGAGACGCCCAAAUCUAUUCCUAGAGAUACCGGAAAGGACAAUAGAUGAACCGCCUGAGGAAUUUGUGAGAAUCAACAUGCCUCCAACCCCAAUUUCUACUCCGACAAGAGCUAGAUUACCUCCUCCAUCACCCAGCCCUUCCUCAAGAAAAAAUAAUAAUUCCCCUUACCCUUCAUCUAGAGGUAAACCUAUGAAGAAUUUCUUACCAAAGAUUAGCUUCAAGCAUAAGGAUUCAACUUUGGAUACCGAGAAAGCUUCUAUGCUAGCUAUAGGAACUCCGGUGGCGGGUGCACCGGAGAAAGAGAAAACUUCUAUCAUCAGGUCAGUGUCUCUCACUAAGUUGUUUAUACCGAGGAUAAAGAGGACAUCGUCGCUACCUGUUACGCCGAUUGCACACUCGAACCCGAAUUCUGUGCGUGGAGUGAGCGUUGCGGACACGCCAACUUCGACUAAAAAUGUGUUCCAGCAUCACAUGGCUCGUUCUCUUUCAGUGCCAGACAAAGCAAGAACCAUAAGGAGAAUGGAUUCUCUAGGUGGUGUCUUUCGUGUGAUUCCCACAACACCGCGAGUGACAGAAAGCAGUUGUACUACGUCAAACAUCCCACCGACACCACACCCAGAGAUCAAUGAUGCUGAUGGUGGUGAAGACAUUGCUGAGGAAGAGGCUGUGUGUAGAAUAUGUUUUGUUGAACUUGCUGAAGGAGGUGACACCCUCAAGAUGGAAUGCAGUUGCAAGGGAGAACUUGCCUUGGCCCACCAAGAGUGCGCUAUAAAAUGGUUUAGUAUUAAAGGCAACAAAAAAUGCGAAAUAUGUCAGCAAGAGGUUCAGAACCUUCCUGUCACCCUUCUUCGAAUCCAAAGUGUUCAGGUCCGCAAUUCAAACAGAGGUCAGCAAAGAGUGGUUCAAAGAUACAGGGUUUGGCAGGAUGUUCCUAUUCUUGUCAUUGUCAGCAUGUUGGGUUACUUUUGUUUUCUCGAGCAGCUUUUGGUUGGUAAAAUGGGAACUGGUGCAAUUGCUAUAUCACUGCCAUUUGCUUGCAUUUUGGGUCUUCUUGCAUCUAUGACAUCAUCAACCAUGGUGGAGAGAAAGUAUAUCUGGGUCUAUGCGUCGGUGCAGUUUGUGAUGGUGGUUUUCUUUGCUCAUAUUUUCUACUCAUUGCUUCAUGUGCAAUCUAUCUUGUCAAUCCUACUUUCAACAUUCACCGGGUUUGGCCUUGCCAUGAGCGGUAGUUCCAUAUUUGUGGAAUCCCUGAGAUGUAGAAGAAGGUGGCUUGUUUGGUCAACUAAUCGACGUCAAACCCACCAAGGAACAACAACACCUGGUUCAGAUCAACAGCCAGAACAAGAGCAACCAACACAGAGAACUCAUUCUAACAACCACAGUGAAGCUGGGACUGCAAAUACAGUCACUGUUUGAUAAAGCUGAUGUACAGAAAUUGUGUAAUACCUGUCACUCUCUUACCGUUUAGUCUAUCCAGAAGACAUUUCAUCAAUAAUUCGGAUUUUGAUCACCUGAGUGAAAUGUUGUAUGCAAAAUUAGUGCCACUGCAGUUCGCAGUUAUAUACAAAUCUUACUUUUCCUACAAAAAUUUAUAAAAUGCAUAAUGUGAUAUACCU